UAUUAUUCUAAAUUCAAUAGAAAUUGAUAGAUUGUAGUUUAACACAUUUAAGAAUAUAAUAUGGGUGAUAACAUGCAAGUAGAUACGCCCGAGAUAGACGAAGGUUUAUACUCGAGGCAAUUGUAUGUUUUAGGUAAAGAAGCUAUGCUUAAAAUGCAAAAUGCCAAUGUUCUUAUAAUUGGUUUAAAAGGUUUAGGUAUUGAAAUUGCUAAGAAUGUUGCCCUUGCUGGUGUCAAAUCUUUAAGCUUGUAUGAUCCUGGAUUGGUUGAAAUUCAAGAUUUGUCUAGUCAAUUCUUUUUAGAAAAGUCUGAUAUCGGUAAAUCUAGAGCUGAAGCAUCAGCUCCAAGAUUAGCAGAAUUAAAUCUGUAUGUUCCAAUUAGUAUCCUUUCUGAUUUAAGUCUGAAUUCUUUAGCUAAUUUCAAAUGUAUUGUAUCCACCAAUAUUUCUUUGGAAGAACAAGUUAGAAUAAAUACUUUUACUCAUCAACAUGAUAUUGGUUAUAUUAAUGCUGAUAUUAGAGGAUUAUUUGGUCAAUUAUUCGUUGAUUUUGGAUCUAAAUUCACAAUAAUUGAUCAAACUGGCGAAGAACCUUUGACUGGGAUUGUAUCUGAUAUUGAACCUGAUGGAACUGUAACUGUUCUUGAUGGUAAUAGACAUGGUCUUGAAGAUGGCGAUUUUGUAAAAUUCGCUGAAGUUGAAGGUAUGCCAAAAUUAAAUGAAGGUAACCCACAUAAAGUUGAAGUAUUAGGUCCAUAUGCCUUUAAGAUUAAAGUUGAUGAUUGUUUUGGAACUUAUAUUAAGGGAGGUUUAUAUACUCAAGUUAAAGUUCCAAAGGAAGUAUCUUUCGAAUCAUUAACUACUCAAUUAGCAAAUCCUGAAUUUGUUAUUUCCGAUUUUGCUAAAUUCGAUAGACCAAGUCAAUUACAUUUGGGAUUCCAAGCUUUACAUGCUUUUCAAACAAGACAUAAUCAAUUACCAAGAUCAUUCCAUGAAGAAGAUGCUAAUGAAUUAUUAAGAUUAACUGAAGAAGUUGCAACUCAAUAUCCAUCUGUUUUAGGUGAAGAAAAAAUUAAUGAGAAAUUAAUUAAAGAAUUAUCUUAUCAAGCUAGAGGUGAUAUUCCAGGUGUUACUGCAUUCUUUGGAGGUUUAAUUGCUCAAGAAGUUUUAAAGAAUUGUUCAUCAAAAUUCGGACCUGUAAAGCAAUGGUUAUACUUUGAUUCAUUAGAAUCUUUACCAUCAGCAGAAAAAUAUCCAAGAACUUCAGAAACCACUAAACCUUUAGGUACUAGAUAUGAUGGUCAAAUUGCUGUUUUUGGUAAGGAUUUCCAAGAAGAUAUCUCAAAUUUGAAAGUUUUCUUGGUUGGAUCUGGUGCUAUUGGUUGUGAAAUGUUAAAGAAUUGGGCUAUGAUGGGUCUUGGAUCAGGUCCAAAUGGUAAAAUUUAUGUUACAGAUAAUGAUUCAAUUGAAAAAUCCAAUUUAAAUCGUCAAUUCUUAUUCAGACCAAAAGAUGUUGGUAGUAAUAAAUCUGAUGUUGCUGCUAAAGCAGUUCAACAUAUGAAUCCUGACCUUAUUGGUAAGAUUGAUUCUAAACUUGAUAAAGUUGGUGCUGAAACUGAACAUAUUUUUAAUGAUGCUUUCUGGAAUAAUUUGGAUUUUGUUACUAAUGCCUUGGAUAAUGUUGAUGCUAGAACUUAUGUCGAUCGUCGUUGUAUUUUCUAUAAAAAACCUUUAUUGGAGUCUGGUACUUUAGGAACCAAAGGUAAUACUCAAGUCAUUAUUCCAAACUUGACAGAAUCUUAUUCUUCUUCACAAGAUCCUCCUGAAAAAUCAAUUCCAUUAUGUACUUUAAGAUCUUUCCCAAAUAAAAUAGAUCAUACUAUUGCUUGGGCAAAAUCAUUAUUUCAAGGUUAUUUUGCUGAUUCACCUGAAACAGUUAACUUAUAUUUGAGUCAACCAAACUUUGUUGAACAAACUUUAAAGCAAAAUCCAGAUAUCAAAGGUACAUUGGAAAACAUUUCCACUUAUUUAAAUAAACGUCCAUACAAUUUUGAUGAUUGUGUGAAAUGGGCACGUCUUGAAUUUGAAAAUAAGUUUAACCAUGAUAUUUUACAAUUAUUAUAUAAUUUCCCUAAAGAUGCCACCAAUUCACAAGGUGAACCAUUCUGGACUGGUCCUAAGAGAGCUCCAGAACCUUUGGUUUUUGAUAUUAAUAAUACUGAUCAUUUCAAUUUUGUUGUUGGAGGUGCCCACUUAUUAGCCUUCAUUUAUGGAUUGAAAGCUCCAGAAAACAGCUUUGAAUAUUAUGAAAAAGUUUUAAGUUCUGUUGAAGUCAGUCCAUUUGUUCCAAAAUCAGGUAUUAAAAUUGCUGCUACUGAUGCUGAAGCUGAAGAAGAAGCUAAUAGACUUUCUGGAGGGUUUGAUGAUGAUGAAGUUAAGAAGAUUGCUGCUACUUUACCAGAACCAAGUACUUUAGUUGGUUAUAGAUUAAUUCCUGUGGAAUUUGAAAAGGAUGAUGAUACAAAUCAUCAUAUAGAAUUUAUAACUGCUGCUUCCAAUUGUAGAGCAUUAAAUUAUUCUAUUGAAACAGCUGAUGCUCAUAAGACUAAAUUUAUUGCUGGUAAGAUUAUUCCAGCUAUUGCAACAACAACUGCCUUAGUAACUGGUUUAGUUUGUUUGGAAUUAUAUAAAGUUGCUGCAAAGAAUGAUGAUAUUGAACAAUAUAAGAAUGGAUUUAUUAAUUUGGCUUUACCAUUUAUUGGAUUUUCUGAACCAAUAAAAUCUCCACAAGCCAAAUAUAAUGAUAAAUCAUUCGAUCAAAUAUGGGAUAGAUUUGAUUUGGAAGGUAAUAUUACUUUACAAGAAUUACUUGAUCACUUUGUUGAAAAGGAAGGUCUUGAAAUUUCUAUGUUAUCAUAUGGAGUUUCCUUACUUUAUGCUUCUUUCUUCCCUCCUAAAAAGGUUAAAGAAAGAUUAAAUCUUAAGUUAACUGACUUAAUUAAACAAGUAAGUAAGAAAGAUAUUCCAGAACAUGUUAAUUACUUAAUCUUUGAAAUUUGUGCUGAUGAUAAAGAAGGUGAAGAUGUUGAAGUUCCUUAUAUUUGUGUAAAACUUUAAAUUAAUUGAUCUAUAUAUUAUAUUUAAUUUAGAACUGGCUCUAAUAUAAAUCUAGAUUAAACCAUUUGUGAUUUUAUAUAAUUCACC